GUCGGGGGAGGGGGCAGCAUGGCCUGUCCGUCCGGCCCCCUUCGCCGCGCUCCUCAUCUGCCCCGCGCCGAGCGCCGCCGCCGCCGCCGCUCCGCUGCCCGCGCCGCCCGCGGCUCCCGAUGGAGACUGACGCGCCCCAGCCCGGCCUCGCCUCCCCGGACUCGCCGCACGACCCCUGCAAGAUGUUCAUCGGAGGACUCAGUUGGCAGACCACGCAGGAAGGGCUGCGCGAAUACUUCGGCCAGUUCGGGGAGGUGAAAGAGUGUCUGGUGAUGCGGGACCCCCUGACCAAAAGAUCCAGGGGUUUCGGCUUCGUCACUUUCAUGGACCAGGCGGGGGUGGAUAAAGUGCUGGCUCAAUCGCGGCACGAGCUCGACUCCAAAACAAUUGACCCCAAGGUGGCGUUUCCUCGGAGAGCACAGCCUAAGAUGGUCACUCGAACGAAGAAGAUCUUCGUGGGGGGGCUGUCUGUGAACACCACAGUGGAAGAUGUGAAACACUAUUUUGAGCAGUUCGGAAAGGUGGAUGACGCCAUGCUGAUGUUUGACAAAACCACCAACAGGCACAGAGGGUUUGGGUUUGUCACGUUCGAGAGUGAGGACAUCGUAGAGAAAGUGUGUGAGAUCCACUUCCAUGAAAUCAACAACAAAAUGGUGGAAUGCAAGAAAGCUCAACCAAAGGAGGUGAUGUCCCCCACGGGCUCCGCCCGGGGCAGGUCUCGAGUCAUGCCCUAUGGGAUGGACGCCUUCAUGCUGGGAAUUGGCAUGUUGGGUUACCCAGGUUUCCAAGCCACGACAUACGCCAGCCGGAGUUACACAGGCCUUGCCCCUGGUUACACCUACCAGUUCCCUGAAUUCCGUGUAGAGCGGACCCCUCUCCCGAGCGCCCCAGCCCUCCCCGAGCUUACAGCAAUCCCCCUCACGGCCUAUGGGCCCAUGGCGGCGGCGGCAGCGGCGGCGGCUGUAGUUCGAGGGACAGGUUCCACUCCCAGCCGCACAGGGGGCUUCCUGGGGACCACAAGCCCUGGGCCCAUGGCUGAGCUCUACGGGGCAGCCAACCAGGACUCGGGGGUCAGCAGUUACAUCAGCGCCGCCAGCCCCGCCCCCAGCACUGGUUUCGGCCACAGUCUCGGGGGUCCCUUGAUUGCCACAGCCUUCACCAAUGGGUACCACUGAAGCAGGAGGAGGUGGCAGGAGCGCCCCAGCCUGCAGCUGACUGAGGCACAGAGUGAGCCAGCCAGGGGAUUGGGGCACCUCAGCCGCAGCAGCCCAGCCCCUUGGCUGCGACCGGACCGCUACUGCCUGUCCCUCGACCCCGGGCCCAGCCCCUGCCCCGCCGUCCCCAUGUCUGGCUCCCCUACUAACGUCCCCCUGUUCUGACCCUGCCUCCUCUCCCCCCACCGCCUCUCUCCCAGUUCGCUUUUAUUUAUUUUGGAUUAGCCAGUUGCCCUCCCCCCCACCGGGUCUGUCCCUCGGGUCUGCCCCCUCCCUCCCUGCCGCCCCCCUUUAGGACACCCCCAGGAAGGCUUUUGUAUCUGCCAGCUGGGGGCCGGCAAGCAGGCAGACGGGGCCUACUGCAGACCCAGGUCCCGACCAAGUUGGGUUUUUGUUUUGUUUUGUUUUGUUUUAUUCUGGCUUUUCCCUCUUUGGCUCUUUACAUUUUUUUAAAAACUGUUUUUAAACUAUUUCUAGGUUUGUGAAUGUGAAGCCCCAGGCCACAGGGGGCAAGGGGUCAGGUGCCCCCCCACCAGCUGAGAACGUAGCUGUCUACUAAGUGGGUGUGGGUUCCUGGCCUCCUCCCUCCAGCCCUGGAGAGGAGGGCAGGGCUGCGGGGUAGGCCAGGCCGAGCCCCUGGAAUCCCGUCCUGUAUCAUAUGUAAAUACUGUGAGGUGAAGCCCUGCCCCACCCUUCUCUAAGACCCCUGGGGUGACUGCCUUUGCCCGACCCCACCGGGCAAAGAUGCCCCUUUCCUCCCUGUCUCUGUCCCUUCCUCCUCAGACACCGUUACUGUAAGCUUACAGACCUCAGCUCUGGCCACAGCAGGCCCACACUCUCAGGCCCUCCCCGGGUUCAAGCCCUUGGGCGGACUCUCCCCCCAAAACCCCCGGUUUGGGGGGGAAGGGGCCAGGGAAGAGGAGGGCUUGCCAGAGCUACUGCUAGGAAGGCAUUGGCUCUCCAAAGGCCCCCUCCUGGCCUCCCCAGGUGGGACCUUCACGGUCUUUGCUCUGGGCCCCCCACCACCACGAGUGGGCAUCGGGAAGCGCUUCAGCAAGGAGUAGAUACCAGGAAAGCAAAGGGCUUCUCAGGGAACCCCCACAUUCUCACUGAAGUUUCCCACCAGGAUGGUCCCGUGACCAGAGCCCUCGGUUAACCCCCCAAUCCUGGAGCCCCCUUUCAGAGGAAAGAGAUGGGGCUCAGUGUGAACACGAGGUGAGACCUGGCUCGGCAGGGCUGAGUCUACCUGCUGUUACCCCCUCUCUGUCCUCCCCAGGCUGGGGGUUCGAGCUCCCUUCCCCAGCAGAGCCCCCUGUGGAGAGUUAACUGUCCGCGUGUGAGGCGCCCACUCAACCAAUAAAGCCCCGAGAACUCAAAGCAAUAAUCUUCCUCGUCACCGAGAUGCGCGGCUGUUGGCGUGUGUUGUUGGGUUUUUUGGGUUUUUUUUGUUAUUUUUUUUUUAAUAUUUCCUAAUAAAAGAGAAGCUGCAUUUUAUUGGAUUUUUAUUUUUAAUUUUUCUACACAUCUGAGCUGAGCCCCAGGAGACUUUGGCUUCCUUCCCCCCCAUCCCUGGACCCCCUCACUCCUCUGGGCCUAACUGUGGGUUCCGGGACCUGUAUUUACAUCUCUGAUUCGUUUGAGAAAAAAACAAAAAACCUUUCUUUUUAAGAUGUUACAUGGUGGUUUGAAGCCAGCAAGUUCCACCCUCCGUGUCCUUUCCCUCCGCAUCUGUAACUUCUUUUCCAGGUUUUAUUUUGUUUUAAAUUCCUAAUAAAUUAUUUGAAAAUAA